AUGGAGACUACAAUGCGUGUUCGGAGCGGAAUACCUUUCUUCACGUUGUGUAGUGCUUUACCAGAAUUGCUGAAUGGGUGGGCAGUGUUCAAAAUAGCUCGCUUAUGUCGCGCAGCCCGCGACGAUGCAACCACCGCUGCACUCCCUUCCUUACGUACUGCGUUGUGUAAGCUGGCAGCUAUAGCAGUAUAUUUGGAAAGACAACAGGAUCUGCAAAUGCCGGGGUUCGAACCCGAUGACGCGCUGGUUGUACACAUGUAUGCGCUGUUCCAUUGGGAUCCGCCAAACCACACAGCGCUGUGUGCAAGAGUUAGGCAGCUCAUGGCCAACAGCUUCAACUUUUACAAUGACAUCGGCAAUGAUUUCAGCCUUUGGACAGCAGCUCAUCCAACCUUUACCGGCAUGUCGCCGCUAGCAAUGAUGCAGCAUAUGAAUGACCACCUGAAGGAUUGCGCGGUCUUCAAACGGUUUUUGGAGCUGCUGGCGGAGAGCCACGCUGAUUUCGUGUACUCACCGUGCGUGGCCAGUGGCGGGGCCCACCCUUCCCAAUGUACAGGGCCGGGGCUCAUCAUCGCCUUGCGCUGCGGCACCCUGUCAGCAGCCUUUGGUCUGCGUUAUGCGCAGAGUACUUAUCACAAGAAAAUUUAUUGGCCGUGGGUUGCAUCACUGAACACACCCAGCAGGACUUCAUGA